UCUAAAACAUGGACGCGUUCGAUCUGUUUCGGAAACUGGGAUCCGGGGCCAGAUUUGAUUUGAAGCGAUUUAGUGGGGAUGCUGAGAAGUUCAAGUUAAAAAAAGGCAAUGAGAGUAGUUUAAAUUCAUCUGCUCCCUUGAAAAGUCUUGAUUUUUUUGGUGCUGAAGAGAAAACGCUUUCAAGAACAAAUUAUAUGAACAAAGACUUAGAUCAGAGGCAAAAUGGAGAUUCUGACCUUACAAAUAAAUCAAGCAAAAGAAAGAAAGAUGUGGGGAAAGGUGGAAAGAAACUUAAAAUACAAGAGCCGGAUACAGGAGGCUCUUCUACUGGAGAUGAUUCCAUCCUCUGGAUGUCCUCUCUUGAGGCAAAACUGAAAGAUAGUAAAGGAAAAAGCAAAAAAAAAAUUUCAAUGGAAAAAAUGGAGCAGCAAAGACUGGAAAAGAUAAACCACUUCCGAAAUGAGCAAAAAAUUUAUAUCCAAGGUACAGAUAUUCCAGAACCGGCUGCCACAUUCCAACAACUUGAGCAAGAGUAUAAGAUCCACUCCAAAAUAAUGCAGAAUGUGAAAGAUGCUGGCUUCCAUACACCCACGCCUAUCCAGAUGCAAGCGAUACCCAUCAUGCUACAUGGCCGUGAAAUUUUGGCAUCUGCUCCUACAGGUUCUGGGAAGACAAUGGCGUUCUCUAUUCCGAUUUUAGCACACCUUCAGUGUCCAAAGAAUAAAGGCUGUAGAGCAUUGGUCAUAUCACCCACAAGAGAACUGGCAAGCCAGACUCAACGAGAACUGGUCAAGCUUUCAGAUGGAAUUGGAUUUCGAAUACACGUAAUUGACAAAGCAGCUGUGGCUGCAAAAAAGUUUGGGCCAAAAUCUUCAAAGAAAAUUGAUAUCCUGGUGACAACACCUAAUAGGUUAAUUUAUUUGCUUAAACAGGAUCCCCCUGGCAUUGAUCUCUCCAGUGUUGAAUGGUUGAUUGUUGAUGAAUCAGACAAAUUAUUUGAAGACGGGAAGACAGGAUUUCGAGAUCAGCUGGCCUCUAUAUUUGUGGCAUGCACAUCACAUCUCCUUAAAAGGGCCAUGUUCAGUGCAACCUUUGCUUUUGAUGUGGAACAGUGGUGCAAACUACACCUUGACAAUGUGGUCUCAGUUUCUGUUGGUGCAAGGUAAGGCUCUUCUAGGAACUCUGCUGUAGAGACUGUAGAACAGUCACUGUUAUUUGUCGGAUCAGAAACCGGCAAGCUUUUGGCUAUGAGAAACCUCAUUAAAAAGGGUUUUACUCCGCCAGUGCUUGCGUUUGUACAGUCUGUUGAACGGGCAAAGGAGCUGUUUCAUGAACUUAUUUAUGAAGGAAUCAAUGUGGAUGUUAUACAUGCAGAAAGAACACAGCAGCAGAGAGACAACGUCAUUCAGAGUUUCAGAGAAGGGAAAAUCUGGGUUCUGAUUUGCACAGCUCUGCUAGCAAGAGGAAUUGAUUUUAAAGGCGUUAAUAUGGUUAUCAACUAUGAUUUCCCAACUAGUGCUGUGGAGUACAUACAUCGAAUAGGACGAACUGGUCGAGCUGGCCACAGGGGUAAAGCAGUCAGUUUCUUUACAGAGGAUGAUAAGCCAAUGCUUCGCAGUGUAGCCAGUGUAAUUCAGAAAGCAGGAUGCCCGAUUCCUGACUAUAUUAAAAGUUUUCGCAAAUUACAAAGCAAACAGAAGAAGCGGAUGAUAAAGCGCCCUCUAAAGAGAGCUCAGAUCCGCACCACUCCAAAAUACAUUCUGGAAAAAGCAAAAAGAAAAAGGAACAUCAUUAAAAAAAAUCUUAAAGAAAAGGAAAGUAAGGCUAGUUCUCAAGGAGACCACAAACAGCCAGAAGCACAUGAUACAUGAAUACAUUACUGUUCAUGAAUGAAAAUCCAGUCAUCCACAACUGUAGAACAGAUCUAGACCACUCCCAUAAUUUAAAUCUGUCUGGGCAAAUGACAUAUAUAAACAGAAUAAUAUUUUUGGGCAAAGAAUUUUAAUGGGAGAUUACAAAAGGACUUCUGGACUAUAGUACAAUUUUGACCAUGGCACAGCCACACCCACAUUCAACCCUUGGAAUUAUGAGCCCUGAGACCGCUUUCAACAUUUGCCACUGAAAGCCAUGGAAAUGAAAUUUAAGUUAUGUAAAGUCACUGUUAUGAAAAUGUCUGUUGUAUAGAUUUCAGCAGAGCUACAUGCCCACCUUGCUAACAGCCAAGCCCUUCUAGUGCUGCAAGUAGCUACUGUCUCGACCAUUACUUUUCCAUGAAUUUGUCACUGCUAAUUGUUCUGCAAAAUUGUGUGUGCCAUUGGAAAUGGAAUAAUAUUUCAUAUUACUUGAAAUGCACUAUUUAUAUUUGUCUUUUUAUGAUUUCCUAAAAAAAAAUGCAUUUCUUA